CUCCAUAUGCCAAUGCCCCUUUGACUUUGAGCCUCAUCAGCUACCGUAUAACGCAGUGCUAAGCUAGAUAAAAGUUAUUUGACGUUUACGUAGUAAUAUGCCAUACAUUUAAAGACCUGUGCGUUAACAUUUGCUAAAUAACGCCACACUGUAUGUCUGCUGUUUGCUGAAGCAUAACCGGCGAACCACUGAAGAAUUCUGGUAAGAUAGCUGCUUAUAACUACUUAGCUUUAGCAAAGCUAGCGUGCAGACGAAGCAGGUGAAGUGAGCGACCUGCAGAGUCCGCAGUGAGGCUGCAAACAAGAGACCAUGCUGUCAGUGAUCGUCAGGUCAGCUGUCACCAAAUAUAGCGGGUUGUGGCUGCCCAGUCAAGCUGUAGUCAGAGCCAUGUCGUCUUCGGGUGGCCCCACCUCUCCAUACACGACCCUGGCCAUCAGUCACCCUGCAGAGUCCAUCACACAUGUAGAGCUUCACCGACCUGAGAAACGCAAUGCCAUGAACAGUGCUUUCUGGAGUGAGAUGGUGACCUGCUUUAAUGAGAUCUCUGAUGACCCUGAGUGCAGAGUGGUGGUUGUUUCUGGAGCAGGGAAGCUCUUCACAGCUGGUAUCGACCUCAUGGACAUGAUGACCAAUGUAUUUCAGCCAGAAGGCGACGACACAGCCAGAAUCUCCUGGGGCAUCAGAAGAAAGAUCAGGAAAUUCCAAGAGACCUUCUCUGUCAUAGAGAAGUGUCCUAAACCUGUUGUGGUGGCUGUCCAUGGAGCCUGUGUAGGAGCAGGUGUUGACAUGAUUACAGCCUGCGACAUUCGCCUGUGCACCCAGGAUGCCUGGUUCCAAGUUAAGGAGGUUGAUAUUGGAAUUGCAGCAGAUGUUGGAACACUCCAGAGACUUCCGAAGGCCAUCGGCAGCCAAAGUCUAGUUAAUGAACUGGCUCUGACGGCAAGGAAAAUGUACGCUGAUGAAGCCAAGAGCAGCGGACUGGUCAGCCGAGUGUUUGCAGAUAAGGAGGCGAUGAUGGCUGGAGCUCUGGAGAUUGCUGGAGAGAUUGCUGGUCGCAGCCCAGUUGCUGUGCAGGGCACCAAAAUAAACCUCAUCUAUGCCAGAAACCACAGCGUAACAGAAGGACUGGACUACGUUGCCACGUGGAACAUGAGCAUGGUUCAGACAGAAGAUCUGAUGAAAUCAGCUCAGGCAUCCCUGGAGAAGAAGAGUCCCAAAACUAUGACUUAUUCCAAACUCUAAUCAUUGAGGCAAAGCUCACAUACAGAAAAUCUGCCUCAUUACUCCUCCACUGUGGCCUUUUACACUGCAUUUGAAUGAGCUAGAAAUUUACAUCCAGAUGAGACAAUAUUUUAAUGUCAUGUGUGUUUAAUAACUCAUUCACGUUAAUAUUUCUCCUGCUCUAACAUCAGAAUUAAAUAAAUCUAAACUGAUCGUACAUUUUUAUCUAUGAACUGAGAAACAUUUUGUUCAUCUGUAGAUGACCUGAAUGUUUUCUUAUUCAAGAGACUCAUCAGAAAGUGAUUUCAAAUAUUCAGUCCUGUUAUUUGCUAAAAAUAUUUUCACCAGCUUGCAUCCAUUAGCCUGACAAAACACAGUAAAUGAUCUGAUUCAGUUUCAUUGCAAAUAACUUAAAAUGCUUUAUUGAUACAACUAUAACAUCUGCAAAAUAAACUAUGACACAUUCAAA